AUGAACAAGGAAGCAGCCGAGGACUGUGUGGAGCGAGCGGUGAAGUACCUGGCCGAGGGGAAAAUCGAGAAAGCGGAAAAACUACUAAACAAAUCGAUUACUCUGCAUCGGACGGAACGGGCCGAAGAGCUGCUAAAUAAAAUCAAAUGUGGAGCGUACGCGGAAAGUGCCACCUCCGGCAACACGUCGGACGACGGCGUGCGGCAGCGGACCACGGCCAAGGGAGCAGCACCGAAGGCGGAAAGUGGCAACGAGGCGGAAUACACACCGGAACAGCUGGAGGCGGUGAAGCGGAUUAAGAAGUGCAAAGAUUACUACGAGGUGCUGGGCGUAGCGAAGGAUGCGACCGAUUCGGACAUCAAGAAAGCGUACAAGAAGCUGGCGCUGCAGCUCCACCCGGACAAAAACCAUGCGCCCGGCGCGGUGGAAGCAUUUAAAGCGAUCGGCAAUGCGGUCGCCAUCCUGACCGACGCGGAGAAGCGACGCUCGUACGAUCUGUACGGCUCGGAGGAGCACCAUCAGCCGGCGACGGCGCGCAAAGCGCGCUACCACCACGACUACGCGUACUCGCGUGGGUUCGAGACGGAAUUUACGGCGGAGGAGCUGUUCAACAUGUUCUUCGGGGCCGAAAUUAACACCCAGCACGUGUACACGCGCCAGAGACGGUUUCACCGGGCGGAACAGCAGCAGUACAGGGAGCCCCAGUCAGGGAUUGCCGCCUUUAUUAACCUGCUGCCAAUCAUACUGCUUAUCGCAUUGUCGAUGAUGUCGUCGUUCUUCAUUUCGGAUCCCAUCUACAGCCUUACGCCGAGCCAAAAAUUCUCCGUCGCACGCAAAACGAACCAGCUGAAGAUACCGUACUACGUGAAGGAUAACUUUCACUCCGAGUACCAGGGGUCGGUCGGCCGGCUGGAAGCAUCGGUGGAGGAGGAAUAUUUGAACAAUCUAAAGCAUUCCUGCUACCGAGAGCGGAACUACAAAGACACGAUGCUAAUGAAGGCACGGAACUUUGGCGACCGAGAGCUUUACCAUAAGGCGCAAAGCAUCAACACACCGUCUUGUGAUAAAUUACAAAGUUUACACAACUAGUCAAAUGCAGCCAAAUCGUGGUUUUUCGACCACGACAGCUGAGCAAUGUACGUGUGCAAUGUACGUGUGUGUGUGUGUGCAUACGGGCGGACCACCAUCCCUUUUUCUAAUUCUGCAGCACGUGGGAAGAGCGUCGGUGCGUGUGUGUGUGUGUUCGUGCAGUGGCGGCGUUUUUCUACAGUGACGCAGUAGUUUGUUCUAUGUUUCUCCCCUCUCCCCCUUUUUUAUCGAUGAUUGCAUUGGUUCAGCACGAAAGACAUACACAGACACACACACACACGCACGCACGUGCCUGACCGUGCUUAGAUUGUGCUUAAAGACUCCUCUCCUCGUCCCAGUUUUUAGGUACGGCAUUUCUUCAUCACGACGAUAAUGCCGGCUACAACCGGCAGCUUAGAUAAUUCAUUGUAGAAAGGCGCGUGGCGCAAGUGGGGCUUUUAGGAUGAAAAUGGUGAGUGAUAGGCAAAUUUGUUGUUUUCAUUUUUGUAGUAGGAAAUUCAGAAGCAAUUCUCAAAAAAAAAAAAAAAACGAAGGGUACUCUUUAACAACACAAGCCGGUCGCACGGUGGCAAAGACAUAGAAAUACUUCACGCGUAAAAGGGCGUAAACUAUCAGCAAAAACCGCCGCAUACCAGCCCCGUCUUACGAAUGCACGGGUGCGGUCUAAUUUAUGCAAAAACCAAAACCUUCCUUCUUUGAAAUAAAUACAAAACAAAAAAACCAAUCCUA